AUGUACGUGUAUACUCAUUAUAUUUCUAUUAUACUAUUGCUAAUCGUACCUAUAGAUAUACUUGAUACUCAUACAUAUCUUAUAGAAUCUUUUUCCCUCUCGCAACCGUGCCUUCCCUUCGCGUACACCCCGGUCCACUGCUCAAGACAGAAGCACAAGCUCAAGCACGGCUACUACUGCGUUCGCCUCCCCGACGACGACGAACGAAGGAGCAAGAUUUCCCAAGAAGAAUCCCAAGCGAGGGCGAAACGAUAUUUCGAGGAAAACUCCCCUUGGAAGGAGUAUCCCGACAGUAGUCGUUUUGGUGUACCAGCGCUAGUGUACGAUAUCAGUCGUCUGUUGGUCGCGCUAAUCGAGAAUUAUAUACCGACCCUGAAACAAAGUGUUGAUGAUCUCCUUGCUAGCGACAGAGCAGAGUACAACGCCCUUCCUCCACUCCCGCCUACCGACGAGGCAUGGUCCCAGAUCGUUAUCCUCAUCCAUCAGUUCUGCAUUGACAUGAAAGCAGCCGUCGAAGGCAAAGAAGAACACAAGAGUCUCGUACAGCGCAACCGCGCUAGGUACGAGCAGUUCAAGCGCGACAUCCUCCGGACAUGCCCGGACUUCCGGCCGUUCGAGGAUAAGACCCGGUAUCGGGAUCCGUGUAUCCGUGAUGAAGAGUUCGAGGGGAAGGAUAACCCAUACGUUCAUAUGGCCGCGUCCGAGGACAUAAUGGAUAUCAAGGACGUGAGGGGAGAAAUUGAGAACUGUACUUCAUGGGAACUUCCUGGCGAAGUUCCGCUGGAAACAACGCGUAAACUCAUUGAGCUCUUUACGAAGAAGUGGUCCAAUCCAUCUGUGCAAUGCUUCGACGCCGUGUACGAUACGUCGUCGGCAUACAUCCAGAAGUUGGUUACGCAACGUUUCGGACAGUUCAAGCCUCUGGAGACGCGCAUCAGUGCACUUGUGCGAGCUCAGAUGGAGAUCUGCAAGGAUGAGGCUCUCGUCAUAAUCGGCAAAGCUGUGAAGUUGGAGACGUCUCCCGUGUAUACCCAAGUACCGCAUUACUCAAUGGAGCGCUCCAAAUGGUUCAGGAGAUUUCAUAGGGUUUAUGUGAAUCCUAGCGGCUAUCAUAUACCCCUACCAAGUCCUGACCUUCGCCCUGGCCGCCGUGGUGGUAGACGUUAUAGUUACAGCCGAAGCCCGUCCCCGCCUCCGCCUCCGCCUCCGCCUCCUCCAGCUCGCGAAACAACAGAAGACGAAGAAGCACUGCUCGUGAUGGCCAAGGUCCGAGCUUACUUUGAGAUGGCGUACAAGAGAUUCGUUGACAAUAUCCCGCUCACUAUCGAGCAUGAGCUACAUCAGACUCUUCUGCCUCGCCUGUCUGAGAGCCUUAUCAAAGAUAUAGGAGGGCCGGAUGCCAGUGAGAGGGCUAAGGAACUACUUAGAGAAGAUCCGGCGAUCGCGUCGAGGAGGAAUGUCUUGAAAGAUAGAAUUACGAGAUUGGAGGAGAUACGGAACAAGCUUUAUGCUUUUAAAUGAUCUUUUAUGUGUACAUCCAAGCGUUUCAAGUACUUGAAGAAUGUAUUAUCUCUUGUAGUCUGAAAGAGCC